AUGCAGGAAAAGUUUCUGGACAGACACUUUCUUGGUGGAAUAACCAAGCCCGUUCAAUCUUUGCUGCAAAUCUUCUUGUUCUUUCAAUUUCUAAAGACAGUUACCACUCUGCAGUGUGAAGUAUGUUUUGACAUGGGCAGCAACUGUACAGGCAGCCUGAAGACCUGUGAACCCGAACAAGAAACUUGUGUCAUCAUUUUAAUUUAUAACUCUCUAGGAGGUGUAGGGUUUCAGACAGUGGCCAAGGGCUGUGAAUCCAUUGUGGUCUGCGAUGCUCCGAAAACCCACUUAAAUAUGGGAAACGAGAAAUUCCUUCAAGCCGAUUUGGUUUGUUGCACUGAUGAUGCUUGCAAAACAGCCACCCCUUCAUUACCAUCAGUAGAGACUAACGCCAAUGGACGGCAAUGUCCCGCCUGCUUUUCUGAUACGGGAACAUGCGAGAAAGAAUUGGCAAAUUGUACCGGAGAUGAACAUUACUGCUUCCAUCUGUUUAUGCGUUCCUACGGAGAUGGGGUGCUCUGGGACUCGAUCAUGGAAGGCUGCACCACCAAGUCAACGUGCAAUCAAAUCAAUCAUGGGUACAUGUAUGCUGUGCAACGUCGUAACACAGGCGCCAUCCCAAGGACUUCUGAAGAUUCAUCACCAGAAGAUAGAUCCUUAAGAUCCGACAAGAUGCAGGGUCUUCUACAACUUUUCUUUUGCUUUAUACUUCUAGCAAAAGCCAGUUGUUUGCAAUGUGAAACAUGCGAGAGCAACAGCACUUCCUGUACUGGUCCCAAGGAGAACUGCACUGAAGGAGAAACCUGUGUCAUUGCGAUUGUGGAAUCUAAGCUGGAACGUGGCGUCACUCAGCACGAAUUCAUGAAAAGCUGUGGCAAUCCUACGGCGUGUGACAGCCCCCAGCUGCACUUUGAUCUGGGGAAUGGACAAACGUACCAUUUGCAAAAUUACUGCUGCAAGGACGAAGACUGCUCCAAAAUUACACCCACAUUGCCACCAAUAGAGAAAGACCCGAAAGGGAAACGCUGCCCCGCUUGUAACAAAAUAGGGGAACCCUGUAAAAAAGACUUAGUGCAAUGUUCUGGCAAAGAUAGCGAUUGCUUUACUUUAAUUACGACCAUAACGUCUGGUGGAGAACACAUCAAUCGUACUAUGAAAGGAUGCGGUUCCAAAAAUAUCUGCGAUAUGUUUGGAAAUGAGAAACAGUUCCUAGCUGAGGACGAAGAAAGUAAAGGUGCCAUCAAGUGUACCUACUCAGGGGCAUCUCAAAUUCUGGCUUCCUUCCUGACAACUUUCUACAGCCUUUGGAUCCUAAAGUUACUUGUCUAA